UGCUUGAUAAUCUGAUAUUCAACCAGCUGACUAACUCUAGUUGCUGUAAAAUUUUCAUUCACAACAAAUCAGUCGUCAAAUAGUUUGUGUUUUGUGAUCGAAUCGAACAGAGAAAAAAUUUAUAGAAAAAUGUCGUUGUCAGCUCAUCAAGCUCGCCGUGAACAUGUUUUAGCUGUUUCUCGGGAUUUUAAUUCUCAGCCAAGAUUAACCUACAAAACGGUUUCUGGUGUAAACGGUCCAUUGGUCAUUUUGGAUGAAGUAAAAUUCCCAAAAUACGCUGAAAUUGUUCAGCUUCGUUUGAACGAUGGCACCAUUCGAUCUGGUCAAGUGCUUGAAGUGAGCGGUUCAAAAGCUGUCGUCCAAGUGUUCGAGGGUACAUCAGGCAUCGAUGCUAAAAACACACUAUGUGAAUUUACUGGUGACAUUUUGCGUACACCAGUGUCGGAAGAUAUGUUGGGACGUGUAUUUAACGGUUCUGGCAAACCAAUCGACAAAGGUCCACCAAUUUUGGCCGAAGACUUCUUGGAUAUUCAAGGUCAACCAAUCAAUCCAUGGUCCCGUAUUUAUCCCGAAGAAAUGAUUCAAACUGGUAUUUCGGCCAUCGAUGUGAUGAAUUCAAUUGCUCGUGGUCAAAAGAUUCCAAUUUUCUCAGCUGCUGGUUUGCCACACAAUGAAAUUGCCGCACAAAUUUGUCGUCAAGCUGGUCUUGUUAAGCAAACUGGAAAAUCUGUAUUGGACGAUCAUGAAGACAAUUUUGCAAUUGUGUUUGCUGCUAUGGGUGUCAACAUGGAAACUGCACGUUUCUUCAAACAAGAUUUCGAAGAGAAUGGUUCCAUGGAAAAUGUGUGUUUGUUCUUGAAUUUGGCCAACGAUCCAACCAUCGAACGUAUCAUUACACCACGUUUGGCUCUUACAGCCGCCGAAUUCUUGGCAUACCAAUGCGAAAAGCAUGUUUUGGUCAUUUUAACCGAUAUGUCAUCAUAUGCAGAAGCUUUGCGUGAAGUAUCAGCUGCCCGUGAAGAAGUUCCCGGACGUCGUGGUUUCCCUGGUUAUAUGUACACAGAUUUGGCCACAAUCUAUGAACGUGCUGGUCGUGUCGAAGGCCGUAAUGGUUCAAUUACACAAAUUCCAAUUUUGACAAUGCCAAACGAUGAUAUCACCCAUCCAAUUCCUGAUUUGACUGGUUAUAUUACUGAAGGUCAAAUCUACGUUGAUCGUCAAUUGCACAAUCGACAAAUCUAUCCACCAGUGAAUGUGCUUCCGUCAUUGUCACGUUUGAUGAAAUCUGCCAUCGGCGAGGGUAUGACCCGUAAAGAUCAUUCCGAUGUAUCGAAUCAAUUGUAUGCUUGUUAUGCCAUCGGUAAAGAUGUGCAAGCCAUGAAAGCUGUCGUCGGUGAAGAAGCUCUUACCCCAGAUGAUCUGCUCUACUUAGAAUUCUUGACGAAAUUCGAAAAGAACUUCAUCUCCCAAGGCAACUAUGAAAACCGCACAGUAUUCGAAUCAUUGGAAAUCGGUUGGCAAUUGUUGCGUAUUUUCCCCAAGGAAAUGUUGAAACGAAUUCCAGCAUCCAUUUUGGCUGAGUUCUAUCCAAGAGACUCACGUCAUUAAACCAUAUUGAGAGAGAUACCAAUUAAACUCAAGCAAAAAUGUGGGUAAUACAUGUAAUGCCCCCCAAAAAAAUACAAAGAAAAUGUUAUAAAAAUAAUAAUUUAAAAAAAUCGCAUUUUUGCUCGUGUAUCUACUACACAUACAAACACACACUAUGCAGAGCCGGUUAUUUGUCGACAAUACUAACUAAAUAUAUUGAAUAAAAUCUAAAGAAAACAAUUUACUCUUUUUAAAGCAAGCAAAAUGAAUCACCUGAAUACACAUGCUUGGGAACUAUUGUGUAUCGAACCCGAAGCGAAAUUAGAUUUCAUUUUGAAAUGGAAUUGUUUUUAAAAUGAAGUUUUAUUCAAUAUUUCAUCGCAAUAUAUUUUAUAGAUAAUUUAUAAGAUGAUGUCAUAUAUUCUUCUUUAAUUUUUAAGCAAUAACAUUUAACACGCCAUAGUUUGAUUGGCAUGUAACCAUGUAAAAUAUUUUCAGUCAGUCGUUCCAUUGAUCAAAUUCAUUUCUAUUUUCAACACAAAAAUCUACCGUUUAUAUAUUUUCCUUUAUAUCUAAAAUUUAGACUCUAAUGUCGUACAUUCCUUAUAUUCUUUAAAUUGUUUGAUCUUCAAUUUUGAUCCUAGGGGCUUUCUACUAUUCGCGAAUGGCAAUUUAUUCGCAAAAUAUAAACAUUUUCCUAUUCAUACGUAAAAUAUACGAAAUAAAGUAUAUUCAUUCGCAUCAACAUCUAUGAAAAUUCGUAUAUUUCAUUCGAAACCAUUCGCGAAUGUCGCAUACUAUUUGCGAGAUGCGACAUAUUGCUGUGAUUUGUACAUAAACAUUUCUGUGUUUAGUUUGUAUGCAUGAUCAUUUGCUUCCAUUUGCAAAAUAUGUUUGAAACAUUCGCUCACAUAUGCAACAUUCGUAUAAGUCGGAACCCCUAGUUUUGAUCUAAAAGUAAAUUAAAUCAAUAAUUGUUUGAGCUCCGUAAAUAGCUUAUAUAGAUUUAAGCUUCGCUUGGGGUUAGCUAUUCGUUUAUAAAUUUUAGAGGCGAGAAUCAGUCUAUAAAUUUUUGAUGAAUAUUUAUCCAGGAUAUUUUAGAAUAUCUCGAUAUUAAACGCAACUGUGCAUAGCCAGAGCUGUGUGCGUCGCACGUAUAUGUGUAUCAAGAGCCGCACAAAAAUACUUACAAAACAGAUACAGCGUGGCUGUGUACUUGCGGCACUUGAUAUACACAGCUCUGUGCAGUUGCGUUAAAUAUCGAAAUAUUCUAAAAUAUCGCGGAUAAAUAUCCAUCAAAAAUAUAUAGACUGGCGAGAAUUACGCCCAAUAUCAAUUUCAUAAUUUAGUUUGCUGUUACUUUGAAUGGAGACAUUUUAAGUAUCUACUGAUUCACUCCAUUCAACCAAAAACCAUUGCAACCAAUAUUUUGGAUUUUCGGAUUUUGUUAGAAAAGUUUUUUUUUGUUUCUUUCUGGAAUUUGUUUUUGUCCAAUGCAAAUUAAAUUUAUGUGGAUGUUUACUUCAAAAACUAAAAGUAUGGAUGCAGUGAUCAUACCGGCUCUUCUAAUCUCAGGGAGACAGUUAAUAAUGUAUGACUUUAAUCUGUAUGCAUCCAUAGUUUGAGUUUUUGAAGUCAUCCACAAAAGUUUCAAAUUAUAGCAUUGGACAAAAAAUUAAAUAGUUUUAUUUUUGUUUCGAAAUUCAAAAUACUUUCAUAUUGCUAAAUGUUCUUUUUUAUAACAAAAAAACUAAUAUAAAGACAAUUUAAAAAUAAUUCAAAUGAGAAUAUUAAGAGGAACAUGAGUAAACACAUUUGAAUGAAUUUAAUUUUAAUUAAAUGCAUUAAUUAGUAAGAAUGCAUUCCAUAGCUAACCAGAACAAUGUUUGUAUAAGAUAAAAAAAAAAAAAAAA